CUUUUCUGAAUCACAGGAACAAGAUAGGAAGCAAUGGCAGACCCGCAGGUCAUCGCCUGUGACUGGUAUUAUACAGUCAAUGAAAAGGCCCAUCAUACAGAUGUCUAUGAGAGUGAUGAUCUGGUGCUCAGGAGAGGACAACCUUUCAAGCUCACACUCAUCCUCAACAGACCUCUACAACCAGAGGAAAAUAUUUUUUUUACCAUUGAAACAGGUCCAUCCCCAUCUGAGACUUCGAAAACAAAAGUUGUGUUCCCAUUGUUUAGGGCCGAAAUUCAACAAUCGUGGGGAGCCAUUUUGACAGGCCUAAAGUCAACGUCAAUAACAGUGACCAUCAACAGUCAUCCGGAUGCUGUGAUUGGGCGCUAUUUUCUAAGCGUAGCCAUUCUAGGCCGGGGAUCAAGCAAGCAACCUCCACAGUCAAUUGGGGCAUUUAAUCUUCUCUUCAAUCCAUGGUUACAAGGGGAUGCGGUGUUCAUGGCUGAAGAGGAUCAGCGACAGGAAUACGUUAUUAAUGAACAGGGAGUUAUCUUCCAAGGAAGUGAUGAAGACAUUACAUCUAUUAACUGGGAAUAUAAUCAGUUUGAAAAAGACAUACUUGAUAUUUGCUUGAUUAUACUUGACCGAAGCUCAAGCUAUAAAAGAGACCCUGCGCUGGAUGUGUCAAAGAGGAAUGACCCACUCUACGUGUGCAGAGUUCUCAGUGCUAUGUUGAAUAGUAAGGAUGACGAUGGUGUCCUGGAGGAGAACUGGAGUGAUGACUAUAAGAACGGGGUGAGCCCAUUCAGUUGGAAUGGCAGUAUCAACAUUCUGAAAAGCUGGUAUUACAGUAAAUUCAAACCUGUAAAGUAUGGUCAGUGCUGGGUAUAUGCAGGAGUGCUUUGCACAGUACUACGAAGCUUGGGGAUUCCAACCAGGGUCGUCACACACUUCAACUCAGGCCAAGACAAGAAUGGGAAUCUGUUCAUUGAUUUACAAUACAAAAGCCAAGGAAGUAGACAAAAUGAUCAAGAGGACCAGCUCUGGAAUUUCCAUGUUUGGAAUGAGGCCUAUUUCAAACGCAGAGAUGUAGGGAAAUUGUAUAAUGGGUGGCAGGUGAUAGAUUCAACUCCCCUUAAAAGGAGCGACGGAAUGUAUCAAUGUGGCCCAGCUCCUCUAACUGCCAUCAAAGAAGGGGAUAUCAAUCUCAACUAUGAUGUAAAAUACAUGUUUGCAUCAGUCAAUGCCGAUGUUGCCUGCUGGAUCCACUACAUUAAUGGGACAAAGAAACAGGUUUCCAACAACCGCAAAGAGACUGGCAAAUUUAUCAGUACAAAGGCUGUAGGGAGUAACGACAGAAUGGACGUCACACAUAAUUACAAAUAUGCCACAGGAUCUGAAAAGGAAAUACAAAUCUUUGAAAAGGCUCUGAAACUGACCAUAGCUCCCUUCAUGGGAAGAACCAGGGAAAAGCCACAAGGGGAAAAGAUAUUAUCUGGACGAUGUACAGUGGACCAAACCUCUACCUUUGGCCAGGAUAUUAAUUUUAUACUAAACCUUAAAAACCUGACCACUAAGAGUAUUAAAGUAAGUGUGUACAUAAACGCUUCAGCAAUUCUCUACACUGGAAGACACAGACAUACGAUCUGGACAGAUGAAAAGUCUCUCAUCCUAGAUCCUGAUUUAGAAAAACGCUUUUCAGUUCCAAUCACUUAUGGGCAGUAUGGGAAGCUCCUGAUCGACAAUGGUGUGAUACGCAUGACCGCCCUAUGUGUGGUAGAGGGGACAGAAGAAAGGAUUUUGGUGGAAAGGAAUGUCUCAUUGGUUAUGCCCCCAGUUAGCAUGACGCUUCCUGAAAAGGCCACCAUAAACCAAGAAUUCAAUGCAAAUAUUGUGAUUGCCAACCCUUUGUCCGAAACCAUGAACUCCUGCAUUUUAUGGGUUGAAGGAUAUGGUCUUACUGACAAAAUACUCCAGAAAGAGGUCCCAUCACUGAAACCUGGACAAUCAAGUGAUAAUAAUUUUGUGAUCACCCCUACAAAGACAGGCGUUCGGACAUUGCUUGUGAACUUUUCCUGCGACAAGAUACAAAGCAUGAAAGGAUCUAGUAAAAUCCUCAUAACUGACAGUCAGGAAGUCUUUGGCAGUCCCGUACCUACUUGAAACCUCCCUUAAAAGUAUAUUUACGUUAUUGAUUUUAAAUGAUCUUUUACGUCAAGUGAACCAAAUGUACUUUGUUGUCUCUCAUAUGUCGCUUUAUUAGUUACUGCAAUACUCUUACUGUCCCAAACUCCUACUUUCACCUGUGUACAACUACGGAAUUCCAACAGCCUCUACCACCAUUCUAGUUUAGUAACUACCACUACGCAAAAUUAAUUCCCAAUAGCCUCUUGGAAUAUAAGACAACUCAUGCAUGUAGGCUUUAGAAUAUACUGACAUAAGGGUCCUAUAUCGGGUCAGGUACAUGAGGGUACCUGCAGAAUACCCACAAGUGGUCAGGUUUUGGGCAGAAAGAACACAAUUCACUGAACAAGCAGGUGGUCUGUCAGUACCCUGCUUCUGUACCCGGGCCGAUUGCAGGCUUUUAUUGCUCCCACCUCCCAAAAUUAAAAGUAACUUUUUUCCCCUGACCUAGCUGAUCCUCUUCCGGAGUGAUGUCAUGUCUGCCCACUAUGUGAUGUCACUUCCGGUUUGCAUGGAUUCCAAGUCGGGUUAAAGUUUCAGGUAGGUUCAAGUAACUGGGACAGGGCCAUUGACUG